CCUCGAUAUAGUGAAACUGGCUCUCUCCUGCCCGUGGACUAGCUAACACACAUCGUGUUAGUGAACCACGUAAAUCGUGUGUCGUGUCUUUCGAUUCUCACUUUCGUAUUCUUGCUUUCUCGAUUCUGGCGAUUUCCCGAUCCGUAGUAGCGCGUUUAUAACAAGUGGUAUCAGAGCCGCGGCUGGAAAUCAGGCUAGGGUUUUCGAUUCAGAAGAAUGACGUCGGUGAACAUGAAGAUCGAAAAGUUCACGGGGAAUAACAGCUUCGCUAUAUGGCAGAUCAAGAUGCAGGCUUUAUUGAAACAACAAAGGUUGUGGGGGUCGCUGUCUGUGAAACAGAAGAAGGCAGCGGUCGAUGACGAUGCGUGGAAUACCCUGGAGGAGAAGGGACACUCGACCAUCAUGCUAUUGCUGUCUGAUGACGUCAUCAUUGAAGUCGCUACUGAGAAGACUGUCGCGGGCUUAUGCUUAAAGUUGGAGAGUCUGCAUAUGACGACGUCAUUAACCAACAAGUUGCAUCUCAAGCAACGGUUGUUCAGCUCGAGGAUGCAAGAAGGUACGCCUUUGAGGGAUCAUCUAGAACAACUUAAUUCUAUUUUGCUAGACUUACGCAAUAUAGAUGUUAAGGUUGACGAUGAAGAUACUGCCCUAAUCCUGCUUAUGUCUUUGCCGAGUUCAUAUGAGAAUUUCGUGGAUUCUUUUAUUGCUGGUAAAGAUAGCUUGUCGUUGGAGGAUGUCAGAUCUGCUCUUCGCACGAGAGAGAUCAGACAUAAGGAAUCUGGUUCUGGUACAGGUGGUGAAGCAUCGGGUUUGGCUAUUACAGGUGGAAAGGGAAAGAAGAAAUCUGGUAAAGGGAAUUCGAACAGGAAUUCCAAGGGUCCCGGUCCAUAGCCAGGUGAUGUUUGUCACAACUAUAAGGAAGUGGGGCAUUGGAAGUACAACUGUCACAGGAGAAGAGGGCAAUAGAAGAACCACUGUUCA